AUGGUUCUCGCCCCUCUCUCCUUCCUGCGGCCGCGACAGCCGUCGCGGACCCCCAACUGGGACCAAGCAAUCCUGAAGCUGCCCGACACGGCGGACCGGACCUUUGGCGUCCGGUUUGCCUGGCAGCGCGGGCUGUAUUACACGAGUGUGCACGACUUCCCCGCGCAAGACGCGCGGCAGCAGGACCGCAAGUCGCUGUACCACCCGCCGCCGCACUACCACUUCUUCGCCGACGAGUACUUUGUGGUCACGCGCGGCUCCGGCACCUGGCACCUGUGGGAUCGCGACGUGCGCCUGGCCGCGGGCGACACCUUCAAGAUCCCCGCGCGCGCGUGGCACUGGUUCGAGGGCGACCAGAGCGCCGACGCGCCGCUGGCCAUUGAGGUGUACUUUGACAAGGGCCAGCCCGUGGUGGAGGAGCGCUUCUUCCGCAAUAUCCUGGGCUACCUGGCCGACUGCCAUCGGGAGGCGAUGGAGCCCAGCAUCUGUCAGCUGCUGAUUUUCUUUCAUCACUUUGAGAUGGUGCCGGGGCUGAGGAUCGCGCCGUGGGAGAGACUGAAUCUUGCUCUGAAUAUAGCCAUCCUGUAUGUCGCUGCAGCCAUCGGGCUGUUGAUGGGCUACAAGAGUUCCUACGAGGAAUACUACCGAGAGGAGAAGAAGAGCGAAUGA